AUGUCUGUUCUCACGAGGUUUCGACCUAGCUUGGUCCAAUCCGCUCGCGCUGGGUUGCGAUUUAUGUCAGCUGCACCACAGACAGAUUCUGUUUCAGGCUUACCACUGAAAGAAGGCGAGCCUGCGCCUCUUCCUUCCAAAGACAAACCUCUUUCGCCGAAAGUGGCUGCCCUAGUAGAUGAAAUAGUGAAUUUGAGCCUCCUUGAUGUAGCAGAUCUCAAUAAAGCCUUAAAGAAGCGGCUUAACAUAGCUGAUCAACCUAUGAUGCCAGCUGGGAUGAUGAUGGCUGCUCAAGCACCGAAACCAGCACAAGCAGGUGUGUGA